UUAGAAGCUCUUUUGACGAGACUGUAAAGAUAAGACAUUGAGGAGAAAUCACUUUGAACUUGAAGAACAAGUGUCUGUAAGAGACAAAAAGUUUACACCAAGAUGCCGAGGUCAGCAAAAGGAGGUAACGAUACAAGGGUUCAAGGGACAAAUGACAGCAGUAUUGUCAGUAAAUGUUCCAUUACAGCCCAAGGAUAUUUCCAAGAUGAGUAUCUUAGACUCUUUGUGUCUAAGACGGCUCGUCGAUCACCGCUUAUCAACAGAGGUUACUACAUCAGGGCUAGAGCAGUCGAUGAUUACUUGAAACAGUUCCUUGCUACCAAUCAGGAUAAACAAAAACAGAUCAUAUCCCUGGGGGCGGGUUUCGACUCUGCGUUUUUCAGGUUACAAUCCAAUGGACACCUGACAAACACGACAUUUUAUGAAGUGGACUUUCCUGAUUUAGUAAAAAGGAAAGGAACGAUUAUCAAGAGUAACGAGGAGCUGAGUAAGCUUCUCAUAAAUGGGAAGAAUGUGGAGUCGAAUACACAGAAUGGUAUCUACUUGACAUCAGAGAACUACUAUCUUCUAGGAGUUGAUCUGACUGAUCUCAACCUACUCCAAAGAUCCUUGAAACAAUUGGGCAUCAGCAGUGAAGCGCCAACCUUUCUCUUAUCGGAGUGUGUUCUGACAUACAUGAGAGUAUCCAGCUCUGAUGCUCUUAUCCAGUGGGCUGCUGAGUCUUUCCCCAACGCUGUGUUCCUGACAUAUGAGCAGAUACAUCCUGAGGAUGCUUUUGGCUGUGUUAUGCAGAAACAUUUUGACAAAUUAAACUCUCGUUUGAAGGCCAUCGGAACUUACCCCACCACUGAAGCGCAGCUGCUGAGAUUAAAAAACUUGGGAUGGCAAGGUAUAACUGCAGUGGAUAUGAACUCUUACAACACCACCAGAGUCUCUCUGACUGAAAGGAUGAGAGUAGAACGGCUGGAACCUUUUGAUGAAUUUGAGGAAUGGCAUUUGCAGUGCAAUCAUUAUGCCGUUAUUGCUGGUUAUAAUGGGGACUGUGCGGAAAUGAUGGAGUACUUUAAACAAGGACAUCAAAUGAUAUCAACCCUGAAAACAAGCUCCGUAUCCAUCCUUGAAGACUCCACCCUCACACCACUAUACUCCCAACCCUCCUCCACCGUCUCCACUAAACCUGUAAGACGCUUUGGCCAUGCUAGUGCUUUGCUCCAUCUAGACAAGAUAUUAGUCUCGGGAGGGUUUGGAGAAACAGAAGGAAGACACAAUAGACUUGGAGAUUUUCUUCUCAUUGACUUGAAGACGAAGCGUUUGGAUGAAAUUCCUGCUUCUCCAAGGAUUCAGGAACUAGGGCCGAGAAUGCAUCACACUCUCACGGCUCUCUCUCAAGACGCUAGUUUCCUCAUCUUUGGUGGACGGAGCUCUCCCACAAAACCAACAAACUCCACUGUCAUUUUUAAUCUUGACAUGAAGUCACCAACUACAGCAGAAGAUGAACUCGAUCAAGUUAGAUCGACUUCAUUGGCAAGCUCUCCAAGUUGUCCAAACAAAUCAGAAACAAUUACUGGGGUCUCUCAGGAUGGUAUCAAGGAGAACACAGACAUUCUUUUGGAUGAAGAUUUAUCGUUGAGAUGUCCUGAGACAAUAAGUUAUACUUAUCUUCAAGUAGACUUAAACGAUGAAGCACCAAAUCCAAGAUGGCGUCAUUCAGCGAUUAGAGCUGUUCGAAAAGGCCAGGAGUGUGUUGUGAUAUUUGGUGGCAGAAGUUCUGGAGAUGUUAUUUUUGGAGACUGCUGGUGUUUUGAUGUCAAUGUUCUAAAAUGGAAACAGUUGGAUAUAACCGGUGCCCAACCAACUCCACCUCAUUCGCACACAGCCUGUCUGUGGCAGGAUAGCAGGAUGGUGAUUGCUGGUGGACUGAGUGCUGACCUUUGCCCUUUGAACUCUGUGUAUGUCAUUGAUGUGGAGAGUUGUGUAUCACAAGAAAUUGAGCUGACGCCAACACUUUCACCACGAUACUCGCAUACAGCACAUGUAGUUGAUGACAAGCUGUUUCUGAUUGGUGGAAUCAACCCACAUGGUGCUCACUGCUAUACAAUCUCCAUCGUUAAUCUUACUGCGGCAACAUCCUGUGAAUAUUCCUUGCCAGUGUUUGACAUUGAUCGUCCGUUGAUGUUUCAUGGUCACACAAGUGAGUUACUAUCGGCAACCAAGAUCCUGAUCAUUGGAGGUGGAGGAAACUGCUUCUCAUUUGGAACACAUCUUAAUGAUACACCAAUACUGAUGGGACUGCCACUUUAACUUAAAGGGGUUUCAGAUUAUUAGAGAUGGAGGAAGCUGCUUCUCAUUUUGACACAUCUUGAUGGUACACCGGUACUGAUGGGAGUGCCACUUUAAGUUAAAGGGAUUCGUUAUUGGAGGUGCUUCUCAUUCAGGACACAUCUAAAUGAUACACCAAUUCAAACCAGAGUGCCACUUUAAGUUAAAGGGGUUCAUUAUUGGAGUUGGAUGAAACUGCUUUUAAUUUGGGACACAUCUGAAUGCACCAUUACUGCUGAUUGGAGUGCCAUCUUAAGUUAAAAUGAUGUAAUUUGUCCAGACUAGUAUUCUAGAUCAUAUUAUUUUGCUAUAUAAUCAAAGAACAUAAAUUUACUGAAGACGACUUUUUAAAAGUUUUUGUUAGAGGUCGACACAAACGUAUCAAAACUUAUAUUGCUGCUCGAUUCUAAUAAGUUGAAUAAAUCCAAUGGAACGUUUAUUUCUUAUGAGGAAAAAUCAAAUGACAGUUUCUGUUAUGAACAGACAUAUCAAGUAUACAAAUUUAAAGACUCUGGACACUAUUGGUAAUGUCAAAGACCAGUCUUCUCACAUGGUGUAUCUCAACAUAUGCAUA